GUAUCUUGAUCUUGGCUGCAUGAGGAGGAGGAGGAGGAGAUAGGAUGUGACACCGCCUUGCGUUUGAUGACGCUUGCCAUCGGGAGACAUUUGGACAGCCUAUGUUGUAACCCAAAUACCGAGGAGCAACAAAUGUGCGUCUGCGCUGGAGGAGACCCUAAUGCUGCUGGAGGAGUUAGGGAGAUGUUUCCGCCGACUGAGUGGCUUUAAUGAUCCGCUGCAGAGCCUUCUUGCUGCGGUAUCAUCUGUUGAGCGGAUUGGAGACAAUUAAGCGCAUUAUGAUGAGUCCGACUUACAGGUGAAAUUUGAGGAGAGUGAAAUGAUUCCAAAGUCAGGAAAAUCUCCAGCAGACUCGAGGAAAAGUGUUGGCAUCCAGGAGUUUGCAGCAUAUGCCAGAUCCUCCUUAAAUGGUAUCUCUCAGGCAGUGAAGGACCAUGUGACGAAGCCCACCUCCCUGGCUCAGGGCCGGGUCGCCCACCUCAUUGAGUGGAAAGGUUGGCCCAAACCUGCAGACCCGCCGCCAGCCGCCCACUUCAGCUCCUACUGCCAUCUGACUGAAGGAGAGAAGGAAGCCCGGUUUGCUGCAGGAGUGGCUGAGCAGUUCGCCAUCGCCGAGGCUAAGCUGCGUGCCUGGGCGUCUAUAGAUGACGACGACGAGGACGACUCCAACGAUGAGGACUCCCACACCAACGAGCAGACUCAAACCGUCUCCAGUCAGAGCGCAGACGCCGCCACGUCCGGUCCUAUCAGUGGAGCGCCAUGCCAGCCUGAGGUUGAAGGCGGCGAGGCACCGCCUUCCGAUAGCCCCCUGUGCUCCAGCAGCAACAGCGGCAGCGGCAGUCUGCUCUGUGGUAGGCCUGCGUCUCACAAUGACCCACAUUCAUCCCAGACCAAUUCACCUUCUUUACCCAGCGACUGCAUGAGUCCCUUCCUGGAAGAGGAUGAGAGGCUGGAUGGUCACGAGGAGGAGCAGCCGCCUCUUUUGCAGGAGCAACACAGCGAGGUCUGCGUCCACCACAAGCCCGAGUGGAGGCCCCGGGCCAGGAGCAGCAGGUUCGACUCCUGCUACUCCACCUCUCACUCCGAGUCUCCCGGAGAGGAGGAAGAGGAGGACGAGGAGGAGGAAGGCAGCGUGUUUCACGAGUUCAGAGCGUGGCAUUCCAGCCGGAGGAGCUUCUUCUCCGACCGGGCCUCCUCCGGAGUGGCGUCCUUCGACGAAGAGGAGGAGAGGGAUGAAGUAGAGGAGAAGAAAGAGGAUUUGAUGUGAUGUGUUGUCCAUCUUUAUGUCUCUUUGAGUCUGUGUGGAUAUGACAUAAUCUAUUCUGCUUUCACUGUUUACCUCCCACCGCCUCCUCCUCCGCCUCCCUCCCCAGAUCAUCUCCUCUCCACUCGCUGCCUUCUGUCCUCUCAUCCUCCAGGCCUUUCAUGUACUGAUCUCGCUCCACCGUUUAUCUGUUGUAAACAGUAUAACACAGUGUAUUGGAGAGUUCAACCAGAAUGUAAAGCUGUUGUUCAAACUGAGUUUUGUACAUUUUUGUGACGUGUUGCAUUGGUUUUUCUAUGGAUAUUUUGUAGUGUUGUUUUUUUUUCUGGGUCAUGCUGUGUCAUGUGGGUCGGGCUAUGUUUGAUACUGAAUGUCUGAAUGUCCUGCUUAUAAUAUAAAUAUGAUUUUUUUUGAAA